GCACAAGAAAAAGCAUAAAAACGAUUUUCACGUUUAGCCGAAGCGCUGACUUGAAUUGCAGACGAAACGAACAGAAAACGGAAUAUUUUGCAUCUAUUUGUUUGUGGUGAAAUUAAUUGCAAAAUUAGAUAAUAAAUAAUUUUAUUAAUUCAACGAUUGAUUUGAAUGCAUUUCAAAUUCAAGUAAGUGAAGUGAAAAGUGCAAAAUUUGUAUCAACAAAAACCUUCCGACGAUUCAAACGAAAAUUUGCAAAAUCUGUGUAGAGCAAAACCACCCACUCACUACUCACCGGGCGCAUAUUUAAUUCUGUUGCCGUUGCCCACCAUCAUUCACUCGCACCACUCUCAUCUCACCAACAAAGUUCUUUGAGCCCGCAUCAACAUGCGAAGUCGCACAGAAUUGGUGACCACCACUUUCGAGGAUUCCGAGGAAGAUUAUAGCGAGGAUGAUGACUCUGAGGAGGAUUGGCGUCCAGCCGCCUCUUCUUCGACCAACAAAAAUGGUAAAAAGCAGAAGCAGACGCGCACGGCUGGCACCGCUGGUACAUGCAGCAGCAGUGGCGGCGGCGGUAGCGGCGCCGGCGGAGGUGGAGGCAGCAGUGCUAAGCGUGGCCGGAAACGUAAGGGCGCUGCGAGCGUCGGUGGUAAACAGCAAACAGCGGCGACUAAACGAAAAGCGCCUGCUAACUACGAAGAAAGUGACGAUGAUGCUGAUGACGACGAUGCUGAGGUGGAUGAAGAGUUGAGUGAUGAAGAGUUGGACGAUUAUGAAGACUAUGAAGCGCAAGCAUCCACUGCGACUGGCGCAAAUGCUGGCGGACCAACUACUGCGGCCACCGCAAAGAAAGGUAGCGCUAGUGACGGUAGUGCUGGUGGUGGUGGUGGUGCAGGUGCAGGUGCUGGUGCUGCGAAUAAUUUGCCACCUAAGAAACAAUUCACAGAAAAAAGCACCACCGCAUCCGUCUCCGGCGCGGCGGCUGCCGGUACUUCUUCUUCAGUUGCUCAUCAUUCGCUUGAGUUGUUGUUAUACAAGCGUGAUUUAAACGAGGAUUACUGCAAAAAUAAUCGACUUUGUUUGUGGCGUAAGGAUGCUAAUAAUUUAUUGCAGAAAUAUAUACGUGUGAAGACCGCACCAGAGGAGCUGCUCUUCACAUCCAGUUCAGUGUAUUCCAGUUGGGAUGACAAGCGUUUGUCCGAUUUUGUGACCAUCAAGGUGACAUGCUUGGAUCCAAAUAAUCGACGCGUAAAAAUUAUGGACACCACUGAGCUCAACAAAUUGGCCAAGGAGCAAGUAAAAAAGAACGAAUUGCAAAAAUUGAAUAAACGGAAACACAAUGACGACGAUGACAGCGAAGAUGAUGAUGACAACGACGAUGACGACGAUGAGUUAGACGACGAAGACGAUGAGUUGGAUUACGAUGAAGCAGUUGCGUCCAAAGCCAAAAAGGGAACUAGCAAAGUACUUCAAAAGAAAAUGACUACAAAACCCGGGAUGAAAUUGCUAAAACGAAACGAUAGCACUGACGAAAAUGACAAUGAAGAAGAAGAACUCGAUGAGGAAGACAUCGAUGACGAUGAGGAUGAUGGGGAGGACGAUGAUGAUGAGUAAAUUUGCGGAUCGCACCGAAAUAUAUGUAAUUAAAUGUAUUCGUAUCUAAUAAUUAUUAUCAGAUUUUAAUACUUAAUUAGUGAAAAUAGGAGCAAAGUUAUAAAAUACUCUGUAAUUUACUGAGUAAGUAAUUUUAAAAAACACAUUAAACUUAUAUUAAUAUGUUUAUGCUAGAGUCAGAGGUCGUAACUUUGACGCUCCGAGGUUUAAUCAGCCAAUCUACAGAACGAAUAAUAUAACGUAGUUGGAGUUCAAGCCAUUGGCUAAGAGCUUUCGCGAAACAAAAAUAUUGAGCGAAGCCUCAGAAUUGAAGAGCGAAAUAAAAUAUAUAAAAUAUUUAGCGAAUGAAGUUGGUUCGCGUAUUAUUUUGGUUUCCGCUAACGCGCUGACGAACGUAAUAGACUAUCGCUGUUUCGCAUAUUUGUCCUCGUGGUGAUUGGCCGGGAUGGAAAGCCCUGCCAGCAAAGGUAAGCAGUAAAAGGGCACGAAAGACAGUCGAAUGUAGAGAAUGCGUGUGCUACCGAAUGCGAUUGGCAAUAGAUUUUGUCAGUGAACGAAUCAUUCGUUUGACACUUCGUUCGUCGAACAAGAACGCGUAAAUUAUAGAACUCGGAUGAGAGGCGAUUUAGUUGGCAUACGAAUCAUUCAUGUGACAAUUCAUUCGACGAACAAGAACGCGUAAAUUAUAGAACUCGGAUGAAAGGCAAUUUAGUUGGCAUACGAAUCAUUCAUGUGACAGUUCAUUCGUCGAACAAGAACGCGUAAAUAAUAGAACUCGGAUGAGAGGUGAUUUAGUUGGCACUCGAAUCAUUCAUGUGACAGUUCGUUCGUCGUAUAGAAUAAGGCCGUAAGAUAUUUUCUCUGUGUGCUCGUCGUGUUUAUCUGACUUGAGACUUGACUAAGUCAGCCCAAUGAGCGAAAGAGGUUCAAUCUUUGACUACUAUGAGAUAUACAUACGAGUAAGUACAUACAUACGUGAGAAAGCAAAUUCAAGCCAAAUUCAAGUUUAAUAAGAACUUAUUUCCACAAAAUGAGGCAGUCAGAAAAAGUAAAGAGGCUCAAAUUUAGGCUAAGUUUAUAGGUUGACAUAAUUAAAAAAAAAUGCUGAAAAUUCGCAAAGUUAUAAAAAUCGAGAGAAAACGGAAUGGUUACUUCAACUCAAAGAAUAUCAAUAAGAAUUCAAAUUAAAUUGACGUUCGUAAUUUACAAAAAACCAAAAACAAAAAAAAAAACAAAUGAGAUAAAACUAGAAACCUUAACUACGUAGAAAAUUCAGUUACAUCAUUUAUUUUAUUGUGUUUGUUUCUGUAAGAAAAUCUGAAAAUGAUAUGAAAAUUCUUAGAUGUAUGGAAUAUUUAUAAAAUUAUAUUAUAUACAGUAGUACAUGUGGAUGUGUCACAAGCCACGACGCGAAUAAGCUUUGUAAGAAUGUGCAUGUGCUUUUUGUAUAAGUAUGUGUAGCAAGAACCUUUGGUCUUAAUUUUAAAAUUAACGAUUUUUGUAUUCAUAAAAGUAAUCAAACAUUUUUGAAGCCAAAAACGUCGGCGCACAGUGUAAAGGUGCUGGCCAAUAAAUAAAAAGAAACAAUAAA